AUGUGUAUCUCCGUAUGGCGCGUGCGUUGCAAGCCGGUGCUCCAUCCUGCUGAUAGUACUCGUAUUUCAGAUGGUUUCGCGUCUCUGAUGGAACAUCACGUAGCAAAUCGGACAUAUUUUAUUUCCGAAAAGGCAGGAACGCAUCGCAAGCACGCAAGCAAUUAUGCCGUAUAUGGGAAUGAAGCCUUGAAAGAAAGGCAGUGUCAAAAUUGGUUUGCCAAAUUUCGUUUUGGUAAUUUUUCGCUGAAAAAUGCUCAACAGUCUGGCCGUCCAGUUGAAGUUGAUGAAACCCAUAUCAAGGCCAUUAUCGAUUCAAAUCGUCAUAGCACAACGCGUGAGAUUGCAGAGAACCUCAAUGUAUCUCAUACAUGCAUUAAAAAAAAUUUAAGACAGCUUGGCUAUGUCAAGAAACUCGAUUUAUGGGUCCCUCAUCAGCUUAAGGAAAUUAAUAUGAUACAACGCAUUAGCAUCUGCGAUUUGCUUCGGAAACGCAAUGAAAUUGAUCCAUUUCUGAAACGACUGAUUACUGACAACCAAAAGUGGGUGAUGCAAGAUGAAUCAGUCCAGACGACACCAAAAGUUGAGAUUCACCAAAAAAGAUUAUGCUGUCAGUUUGGUGGGAUUAUACAGGAAUUCUGUACUUUAAAACCAGGAAACCAAAUGAUUAAUUCAAACGUGUAA